UGGCCGAGUGUUGCUGCUAGAGGCGUGGUGGUGGACGCAUUCUGUUAAGCGCCCCACGUGAAAUCCCACCUACGCUGUGACGUCAUAAAGGCGGGCCGCGCUCAGCGUGACUGAUUGCGUCACAGACGUGCAGGUAGACGCGGGCGGCAGACGACUACCGAGGCUGCGCACACGUAGAACGUUCGGCCGACGAUCUCCCCGCGCUGCUGUACACCGAUCUCUGUGAGCGGUCGUCGUUAAGACCCAUCAAAGUACUUUCUAUAGAAUCGCUCUACCUGUGUUAAGUCGCGGACGUGACUCGACACCCGUCACUCGUGAAGCGACGUCGCUACGACGCAGUAGCGCUCGUGUGUGUUGCACGAUCGCUCAGUUUUCUUACCGCCGCGAAUGUCUAACGGACCUGCUGAUAGAGCGUAGGUGACAUCAACGGAAACAUGGAUGAUGAUAUUAUAGAGACCGAAUCCAUCGCCUCGGUGUCGAGUGAGGAGAGCCGUACGAGUAGCAUCAGGUCGCGCACGCACUCGUCGCCGCAGCUCGAUGCGUUCUCCGUCGCCCUGCCGCCACCGUCCGUCGCCGACGACGACGACGACGACCAUGUCGACGACGGCACAACGCGACGCCAGCGCCAGCUGUCGGGCGCCCACUCGUCUAUAUACGACACGCGUCCGCCUCCCGAACGACCUCCAAACCCUCCGACGAGACGCAAGGGGACAGCACCGAAGCCACCGGCCCCUCUGCCUCCGGAGCGCAGAGACCUGCCACUAGGCUCCAUCCUAAAGGGACCGGCGCCGAAACCUCCUAGCUCUAUGGCUCCCGAGCCACCAGCGAGGAAUACCAGCCCACAAGACGAAGACCUCGAGCACAUGGGUCUAUCCAAGGCCGAGUCGCUGGAGAGCCUUAUCGAGGACAGCCAGCACGACUCAGGGAUGAGUUUGCAGGAUGAGGCGUACAUGGACGAAGACACGGGCAGCACGAACCUGAAGAGGUACAGCAGUAUCUACAGUCUCGUGCGCCCAUGGGACGUAUUUCGGGUGGUUCCUCACGAGAAAGAAAAGACAAAGGACGGAAGAUGCGUCGAGUUUAUGAAACAGACUGCGAAGCUAGGAUCCUAUAUAUUCGGAUUCAUAAUGAUACUAGGCUUUUCAGUUUUAACUAAACUCUGUAUGCUGAUGAUGACGUCAAACGCUAGGCUCCCUGAUCAGCCAGCGAAGAUGUGCGUUCCAACGUUCAACGCUCAGAAGGUUGAGGAAUUUACGCUUCCAUUGCGCUAUACCGUCAGGUGGAUAUGGUGUAUCCUGCUUACGUUAUGGGUGCCAGAGAUAUUUAUGUUCCUGCGUUCCGUACGACUGAUGACCUUCAAAAAGUCGUUACCAAGACCGAAGUUCAAAUACAUAAUAUUGUCGCUGUUUAUCGAGAGCAUUCACACCGUCGGCCAGAGCCUCUUCGUCUUCAAGGUCCUGCCAGCAGUCGACGCCGUACAGGGCGCCAUGCUCACCAGCACCGUCUUCCUGAUUCCGGCGAUUCUCACAUGCUUCUCACGGCCGACCGACGACAAGAACCGCUGGUUGAAGAUCGCUGUCGACGUCGUAGCGAUCGCAGCGCAGUCGUCGCCCUUCUGGAUCCUACCGAUCAUCCACAAGACUCAGGGUGAAACAAACUGGACGAUACCAGUAUCGCUGACGAUGAUGUCGAUCAAGUACUGGGAGAACUACGCAGAUCGCUACGCAAUGUUCGGCAUCUUCGCCAGAAUCGGCAAGGUGAAGGACGAGAUGAAAAGGACGCGUGCAAAGACAUACCUCUGGGUCAGCGUCUGGAAAAUAGUUCUGCUGUUCCUCAUGAUGAUCGCCUUCUACCAUAAGUCGAUCGGCAUGGAUAUGCUGAUGGACAUCCAGGCCGCCUUCCUGCCGCAGGAGAUUACGCUGUCGUCUACCACCGCCGACCACAACUUAACCGAGUUCCUGUCGACCAUCGUAGAAGCCGGACCCGCUGACAACGCCACGCUGGCGCCCAAUAUCCUACAGGUGUUAAAGGAUCUCCAGCAAAAGCAACUGAUGACGAACUCGGGCGACGCUGCCAUCACGCUGGCGAUCGCCGUCGUGUCGGGGCUGCUGCUGUGGCAGGUCAGCCUUUUCGUCUGCAAGGUGAUGAUUCAGGGCUUCAGCUUCGCGUUUCCGAUCAACCUCGCCUCGCCGCUGUGCGUCUCCGUGCUGAUCGCCUUCAUCCAGCUGCGCGGCAACGACGCCUGCUUCAUCUCCGACCAGCUGCCCGCCUACCUCUACUGGGACGCGUUCACGACAGACGUCGACACCUUCCUGCAGAAGUACGGCUGGAUCUGGCUGAUCUGGGUGCUGUCACAGGCGUGGAUCACGUCGCAUAUCUGGUUCCCGAAGUGCGAGCGUCUCGCCAAGACGGAGCGCCUCUUCGCACUCGCUUACUUCGACCCGACGGCCAUCGAGCAGUCGCUGUCGGCGAACCGACGCAAGGACAGAAAGCGAUUGGUCAAACGAAAAGAUGGCAUGAUCGAGGAAGACAUUUACGCUGUUCCCGGAGAUUUGGAAUCGAACAUAUACGCGAGCAUUGACAGUCUGGACAGCGUCGACGAGAUUCAGAGGAAGAAGACGCUGGAACAGAAGCACGACGAGCGAGACAAACACACUCACAUCUACGUGUGCGCCACCAUGUGGCACGAAACCGUCAAGGAGAUGACAGCCGUACUAAAGUCCAUCUUUAGACUAGAUGAAGAUCAGAGCGCCAGACGCAAGGCAGAGCGCUUCCUUAAAGUAGCUGAUCCUGAUUACUAUGAAUUCGAAGCUCAUCUCUGGUUUGAUGACGCGAUGGAACUGGAAGGUAUCUCUGACGACGAAGCGACGAUCAACACGUUCGUCAAGCAACUGCUGAGUGUGAUGGAUUUCGCUGCCAGUGCCGUCCACCGCACCCCGAUGCGCCUCCGCCCGCCCAAGAAGUUGCCGACACCGUACGGGGGCCGACUAGUGUGGACACUCCCCGGCAAAAACAUGCUGACGGUGCACCUGAAGGAUAAGCAGAAGAUCCGACACAAGAAGCGAUGGAGUCAGGUGAGCUACAUGUACUACCUGCUCGGGCACAAGCUGUGGGAGAAGAUCGAGGACAUUCCGAAGAAGCAGAUGAUCGCCGAGAACACGUACAUCCUGACGCUGGACGGCGACGUCGACUUCCAGCCGACGGCCGUGCAUCUGCUCGUCGACAUGAUGAAGAAGAACAGAAAGGUCGGAUCGGCGUGCGGACGCAUCCAUCCCAUCGGCACAGGUCCUAUGGCGUGGUACCAGCAGUUCGAAUACGCUAUCGGCCAUUGGUUCCAGAAGGCAACCGAGCACAUGUUGGGCUGUGUACUCUGCUCCCCAGGCUGCUUCUCUCUCUUCCGGGCUUCAGCUUUCAUGGAUGAUAACGUCAUGAGAAAGUACGCGACCGUCUCCCAAGAAGCUCGACAUUACGUGCAGUACGAUCAGGGUGAGGAUCGUUGGCUGAGUACGCUGCUGCUACAGCAAGGCUAUCGUAUAGAAUACUGCGCUGCCUCCGACGCCUUAACGCACUGCCCCGAAGGCUUCUUUGAAUUCUACAACCAGCGGCGUCGCUGGGUACCAUCGACCUUGGCCAACAUCUUCGACCUCUUGGGUUCAUCCCACAGGACAGUUAAGAUCAACGACAGCAUAUCUCUCGGGUACAUGAUCUACCAAUGGGCGUUGCUACUCUGUGCUAUCAUCGGUCCAGGAACCAUAUUCCUUAUGAUCACGGGAGCCAUGAACCUUGUGUUCCACAUAAACAUGUGGACAUCAUUCUGCAUCAACAUGUUACCAGUGGCGCUGUUUGUCAUAGUGUGCAUGACUACACAAACUAACACACAGUUGAAGUUUGCGGCGCUGCUCAGCUCUGGCUACGCGCUGCUGAUGAUGGCUGUGACAGUCGGUAUAGCCCUGCAGAUGAACGAGGACGGUCUGACGUCACCCAGCAGUUUGUUCAUGUUCACCAUCACAUCGUUCUUCUUUCUCGCCGCCGUUAUGCAUCCGCAGGAGUUCUGGAAUAUUGGCUACGGCCUGCUGUACCUCGUCUCCAUCCCGGCAAUGUAUCUGCUGCUCAUCAUCUACUCGAUCGUCAACCUCAACAACGUGUCAUGGGGAACGCGAGAAGGAGCCGUAGCGUCGAAUCCGCAGAAAAAGAAGAAGAAAGAAGAAGGCGGCCAGUCUGGCGCCGCAAGCAAACUCAAGGACAUCCUGAAGAAGUUCAAGGCGAAGCACGAGCAGCAGGAGAACUACGACGCUGGCUUUAAUCUCGGAUUCGGAACGGCCUGCAGGUGUAUGUUCUGUCUGACGCCGGUCGUGCCGGAUGAAGACGACGCAGAGGUCAUGCGCGUCAUUGACGACAUCGAUAAGAUUGAAAGCAAAAUCGACGAUUUCCAGAAGAAGCUUGAAAAUGAGCAGAAAGCUCGAGAAGCAAAGAGCACAAUGACUCCGUACCAGAAAGUUCGUAAUUCCCUUUACGGGCACAACUACGAGUACGUAGGGCCCGACGGACUGAAAGUCUCGGGAUUUGACCCGGGGUGGGAUAUGCGCGACGAGUUGAGGAACCCCUACUGGCUGGCCGACCGCAGCAUCAAGAACUGUCCGCUGGAGUAUCUCGACGAGGACGAGGUUUCCUUCUGGAUCGAGCUGAUCGACACCUAUCUGUAUCCGCUGGAGGAGGUCGCCGAGGACAAGCGGCGCGUCGAGCGGCAGCUGCGAGAGCUGCGCGACCUGUCCGUGCUCGCCUUCUUCAUGAUCAACUCCAUGUACGUGCUCAUCGUCUUCCUGCUACAGCUGAAGAAGAGCAUCCUGUACGUCGAGUGGCCGUGGGGCAGCGGCGGCGAGGUUCUCAAGCUGGAGCCGAUCGCCAUCGCCUUCCUCGUCGUAUUCAUCAUCAUUCUCGUCAUUCAGUUCUUUGGCAUGAUCUUCCAUCGCUUCAGCACGAUCGAGUUGAUACUCGCCAUCACCGAGCUGUUCUGUUUCAAGCCGAAGAGGAAGCGAGUCGGCGACCAGCAGUUGACGGCCGAGCAAGCGGUGGAGCUGGUCAGGGAUCUGCAGAGACUGGAAGGCAUCAACGAACCGGACGACGCUUCGGCGAUUUCCGAAGAGGCGCGACCGCACCCGAACAUCAUCGAGCAUCUGCAGUCGAAGAAUCAGCGACAGGACAUCAAGACGCUGGACGCUGCCUUCGCCAAACGAUUCCUGUUGCUCUCCGAAGAGUUGGACCGCCAGGAUGAGCCGCUCUACUCCGAUGCGACGUAUUCGGCACCGCCGACGCCUGUCAUCGGAGGCCGCCGCCUACACGACCAGGGCGAGGCUCUGACGGUGCUGCGACGCAAGCACGACGACUUCUUCACGGACAAGACGCUAGAGGAGCUGCGCAGCGAGACGGUGCGCAUCGGCGGCGCGUCGAAGGAUCGGCACAAGCGAAGACGCGCCGACUUCUUCUUCGAGGAUCUGGCGUUCGACGGCGUCGGCGACGGAGACGCGGCGACGGCGACGGCGGCGGCUAACCAGCCGACGCGCAGCUCUGCACCGAGUCAGCCGAAGUACGAGGCGCCGUUCUACGAACCGUACGGAGAGUCUGACGUGCUACCGCGCAGACGCGCCUUCAAGGACGGCUAUUUCAAUGGCGGCGCAUCCGGGCGAUCGGCACAACAUGGCCGCCACAGAGCGCGCAAGACGAAGUUCGAAGACGAGCCACCGUAUGAUCACAUCCCAGCGCGCAUGCGCGAGAGCGCGCAAGACGACGUCGAUGAAGGUCAGGACAAUGAGGAUUAUGAAGAGGACCAAGCCGACGACGUCCCCACGCAUAGUCGAGAGGAAGGGCAUGAUGAAAAGUUUUUCUAAAACUGUGAUCCACUAAUGUUUAUAUUGUUGUGUACUAUUAUUAUUUUUAUUUUUAUUAUUACAAGUUUGUGCUCCCUAUAGGGAUGAAUGCAUUUUAGCUGGUAUAUAUAAUAUUCAUUCCUAAAAUGAGUGGUCGAUGACAAUGACAUUCGAGCAGCAUAGUACAAAUCGUAGUAAUACAAAAAAUAGUAAUACAGUCAGCUACAAUAAUAUUGCAAAAACUAUACGCUGUGUAGUAAUUGGCAGCUUACCUCUGCAAUUAUUUAUUUAAUAGCGGAAUCAUAGUAGCAUUUUCGUGUAUUUGAGCCUUCAGAAUUGACUGGCUCUUAAUAAGCAUAGAUGGCAAAGACCAUACUGAUAAGCAAUUGACACAGAUAUACUACGUAUUAUGUUGUGCACGAACAUCAUUUAUACAUCAGCGCAUACAAAGCUGUUAAAAUCAAAAUACUGUGCGAACAUCAACACAUAUAUAUGUGUUCAUGAAAUGUCGUCUUAGGUGUUAGAGCAAUUAUUGAACAAAUGAAUACACAGAUCAUUUACCUCAUGUGCGAAGCUGCGCGUGUUUUGAUCUGUCAGUAGGCCCUACGUACCUUCUGGGCAAGCAGGGAAAUCAUGACAUUAUCCAUUAAUUUGGUCAGGUAGCUACCAAUUCUGUUGACAGACGAUUCUUCUCUAGUUUUCAAUGAACAUGGAAAAUGGAAUUUAUUGUUAAUCCGGCUGCACUUAAUUCCCGAUAUUAUUGAACAAUUGCUCGCCCGGCUCUGACAUUUGAGAAUUAACAGUCACCAUAAGGGGCUUUAUUACGAUAUUGUAUUGAUUAAUAAUAAAAUAUAAUGUAUAUGAGUAACUUCGGAAAGUGGCAUUAUUGUCGAAUUACUGUAUCGUAUGUAAACAAGUGAAUUUUAUAGAAUGUGUUUAAUAUAAAAUAAAAAUAUUUACCCCUAUACAUGCCGUA